UUACGCAGCCUGUUCAUGGGAGAAAAAAAGAGAAUACAACAACGAGCCAUCGGGACUUAUAUUUCGGCUCCAAGUUCAAGGUCGCAGCGGGAGGGCGGCAACGGAGGGGUAGUAUAUGCUCAUGGUAACAGUUUGGCAAGUGGCAUCGCUAGCAGAGUGUUUGGCUUGAAUACUGAACUCAGACUCCGGCGUCAUUGCCUUCAGUGCUACAAAAGCUUAGCCACCAUGCGUCCUGUGCUUGGCUACUGGAAAACCCGCUGCUUAGCACAGCCCAUUCGCCUCCUGCUGGCAUACAAGAGGGUGGAUUACGAAGACAAGCAGUACGAGGCAGGAGACCCUCCGGAUUAUGACAAGACUUGCUGGUUUUCCGUCAAGUAUAACCUCGGCCUUGACUUCCCUAAUCUUCCUUACUACAUAGACGGAGACGUGAAGCUCAGUCAGACCCUAGCCAUCCUCCGCUAUCUGGGACGCAAGUAUGACCUGGAUGGGAAGACAGAGGAGGAGAUGAGGCGUAUUGACAUCUUAGUGAACGAUGCAAUGGAUCUGGCGACACAACUGUGGGAUGUCUGCUAUUAUGAUUACGACCAGAAGCCAGAGUACUUGAGAAAAUUACCGGAGAAGAUUAAAAAAUAUUCUGAUUUCCUCGGACAUCGAUCUUGGUUUGCUGGAGAAAAACUAACAUUCGCGGAUUUCCUGAUCUACGAAUUCCUGGAUCAGCACCGCGUCCUGGAUCCCACGUGCCUGGAAGCAGCGCCGCCCUUGCAACGCUUCAUGGCUUGCCUCGAGGGUUUGGAACCUAUCCGCGAGUACAUGGUAAGUCCCUCCUUCAUGUCGGCGCCGCUUUUCAACAAGUACGCCGCUUAUGAAAUCGAGCAGCGAGCAAAGAAAACAACGGCUCAGGAUGGGAAGAAAUAAAGAAGUUAGUAAUUCCAGCGUGGAGUUGACGAGAGUGAAGGAAGAAUUACGUGGAGCUGAAGAAGAGAAGACCUCGCCGAUUUUCCCUUAGCCACUCCAUACACUACAGCUGGGUUUUCAUCGCAGGGCACAUGAGAUUCCCAGAGUUACUGUCUCGUUAAUAAACAGUAUAUUAAAC